CAUAUGCCGCUGACAAGCAAACCGUAUUUACAUUUACAUGUAAAAAAUAGCAACAUCUGACACUAAGUUUUCAUACAUUUAUGUUGAAAUAUCAUAAAGAAUUAGUGUGUGGAGCUAUGAUUACCUCACAUUUAUAUUGUGGUAUGCCAAGUUUUUGAACGGAACAAUAAUCAUGUAUGUCUAAUCAACAAAAAUAAGUCGUCAGUAAAGUACUUUUGUAUGUACGGAUAACUAAGUUGUGUGUGAUGUAAUAUAAACGAAUAGGAGUUAUAGCGAUGAAAAAUCAAUUUUAGCUUCUUGCGACUUUUGAUAGAUGUUGUUGACUGUCUUCUGUGAGGAAUAAUUGUGCAAUAAGUUUCGAAAAAGGUACAGUAAUACAUAUAUUCUAUUUAAACGAUGCCGUUCUGUCAUGACGGAAACUAAUGUAAAACCAAGAUGUUGACGGAAUGUUUUAUUUUGGCAAUAAUUGGAUUAUCAUACAGUGUAAGCAUGAAUGCAGAAAAUCGUCUUCAUCACGAACUUUUACAUAUUCGUUCUUACAGUAAACUGAUUCGACCUACUGGAAAUGAUUCUCUUAAACUGACAGUCAAAAUAGGUUUACGUUUGUCUCAGCUGCUCGACAUUGAUGAGAAGAACCAGAUAAUGACGACAAGUGUAUGGCUUAGACAGGAAUGGACAGAUCCUCGAUUACAAUGGGAUCCUAAAGAAUACCAAGGAAUUAAAAUGACGCAUAUGCCAUCUGACCAUCUCUGGCGUCCAGAUAUCGUUCUUUAUAACAAUGCUGAUGGAGAUUUUGUCAUUACUUUGCUAACCAAAGCCAAAGUAUAUUUCGAUGGAAUGAUAAUCUGGGAACCUCCUGUCAUCUAUAAGAGUUCAUGUCCUAUCGACGUGGAAUAUUUCCCCUUUGAUAUGCAGGAAUGUUUCAUGAAAUUCUCAUCGUGGACAUAUGAUGGACAGGAGCUUGACUUGCAACAUGUGUGUGAUGCUCAAUCAAUUAUACUACAAACUGCACCAAAUGAACCGAAAGAAAAGUUGAUUAUCGGAGGAGUAGAUAUUCACGAUUAUCAUCAAAAUGUUGAAUGGGAUAUUAUUAAUGUAACUGCUAAGCGAAAGGAAAAAUUGUAUCCAUGUUGUCCGAACGCACCGUAUCCUUAUCUUUUAUUUAAUAUUACUCUUCGAAGACGUACUUUAUUUUACUCGCUCAAUUUAAUCAUGCCAUGUGUGUCUAUAUCAUGUUUAACCGUCUUGGUAUUUUAUCUUCCAUCAGACAGUGGAGAAAAGAUCACUUUAUCAAUAUCAAUAUUGCUGGCGUUGACUGUGUUUUUCUUGCUGCUUUCAGACAUCAAUCCUCCAACUUCAUUUGUGAUACCUCUAAUAGGCAAAUAUUUACUUUUUACUAUGAUAGUGGUGACUAUGUCUAUAUUUUUAACUGUUUAUACAUUAGGAAUCCAUUUCCGUCGACCAGCAACACAUACAAUGAGUCCAUGGGUCAGACGUGUGUUCACGGAAAUUUUACCGAGAGUUUUAUUAAUGCGCAGACCCGAUAUGGAACAUAUGCGUAAAAGAGUGCCUUUAAGAACUUGUAAUGGGAUAGAAAUGCGUGAUGUCAGGGAUAUACUUUCUGCUUCACAAGCUUCAGAAAGUACAUAUGAAAAUAUUCGUCCUAACAAGGAACUAAAACAGUAUCCAAAAGAAAUCACAGAGGCUUUUGAAGGAGUUAUUUCAAUAGCUGAUCACCUAAAGACGGAGGACCAGGAGAAUUCUGAAGCACGUGACUGGAAGUAUAUUGCCAUGGUGAUGGACCGUUUGUUUCUUUAUAUUUUUACAACUGCUUGUGUAUGUGGAACACUCAGUAUAUUUUUAUAUGCACCUUCCCUUUAUGAUUCACGCCCACCUUUAAGCUCUAACAUACGGGCAGAAGGGGCGUGUAAGUAUUAAGGUCAAGUACAGAGAUUUCAAUUUACAUAUUUGUUCUUUUAAUUGUUUUUGCAAAUUAAUUAAACCGUUAAGAGGCAAUAAACACGCUUUGAUGGCAAUUUUUGAUAAUUUACAUGCGUCAAAAACUUGUAAAAGCUACUUCAUCCUACUUUAGACGAGGAAUUUAAUAACAAAGUAAUUUUAUUCUUCUGUUCAUUUCAGCUACUGUGAAAUGCAAUCGUUUUAAAAAUUGACUUUCAAAACAAUAAAGUUAGAAUUGUAUUUUCAUCAGCAUACACAACCUGAUUAAUCAGAAAUAAUUUAACAAUCAAAAAUGGCAUAUGCUAUCGUUUUUUGCUACCAUGUGACUUUUGCAUGAAACUGAGCUUUAUUUUAACAUUGCAUUGAAAAAUUUGUCUUGGCCUUAAAUAAUCUACAUAUGUCUUUCAUUGUAAAGUAAUUAUGUAUAUAUGUCAUGUGAUUUCAAUGAAUUGCAGUGCCUUAUUCAUUUAAAUACCGUUUAUAGUAUUGAUAUCAUUCAGGAACAUUAUUAUAUACCUUUCUAAUUAAUCGUCAUAUUCAUUCCAACAGUCUAUCAUCAUUUGUCGACUGCAACGCAUCCAAAAACUCAGUAUGUAUAGAAGGCUUAUACAUGUCACUAAGUAUGUCCACUAGAGAUUCAUCAGCGAAUCAAAAUGGCGAUAUAUAAAUAUCAAGCUAAAAAUCAUUAGUAAAAAUAUCGGAGAGGAUGUUUCGAAUCUAUUGCAAGCCAUCUGGAGGUAUAAAAACUUUACCUUGUGACGAUACUAAAAUUACAAAAAAAAUGGAAAUGAAAUCCAAUGAAACUAUCAUUAAUGCUUUAUCAUUCUUCACUCGGACGGAAAGCUUUUGUUGUGAUCUUAUUAUGCAAUCCUAGUGAUUUGGAAUUUUUCGAUUGCAAUAUGGAAUAUUGAAUGUCUUCAAUUUUUAGAAAUAAUUGAAAAUAUACAUUUCAUUUUUUUUUAAACAUAGUAUCCUCUAAAAAAGGAUUUUAAGCACAUGAAAAUUUAAAUUAAGUAAAUAUAUUUUUUGAUAAAAUGACUCUCAACAUAAUAACGAUGACGAUUAUACAUUUUCAUUUGCACAUUUCAUGAAUAUGUGCCAAAUUACGUUCUAGUAAUAAUCAAUGUCCUUUUACUUCCCUUCAACCAUUUAUAAACACAACUCAGCCAUUUCAUCUUGUGUUUUUGUGUUUAUGUGUGAGUGUUAUAAGUCUUCAUAUUAGUGAAAAAAUACUUUCACAAUGCUUCCUUCAGUACUGGAUUAAAACACACGAAUCUUCUGUUAUUACUAUCAUAUUGCUUUCCCGAUUAAUCUAUGUUAUGUCGACCCGUUCACUUUCUAAUAAGUUUCAUUUUUGUAAGUUGCAUGUGAACUUGUUUACUCACGUUGUAGACCCCAGGUUUUCUAUUGAAUCGUCUUUUGAAAAUUAAUUUUUCAACUUACUUUUAUUCUUGUAUAUGUGUGGUUUGGUUGCUUGUUCGUUUUCACUACCAACCCGUCAGUAACGUGUAGACCUGUUUGGGAUUCUUGUUUGGAGUAUGAACUUUUCUUCGAUGGUAAUAAGUACGAAAUUAUUGUGAGUGCGUAUACUACUCUUCCCAUGUAUGAACUGAUUUGGAUCGACAAUCUAUACACUUUGAAUAUCUAUAUUCGUUUCAAUAUCUUUUGAGUGCCAUGCAACUUCCUUAUUGAGUCAUAUCAUAUACAUUUAGUAUAACAUAUUUGAUAGGACGUUUUAUUAUGAUUUUUUUGUAGAUCAUGUUAGUAACACAUACAUAAUGUUUAUGAACUGAAUGUAUUUACUUGUAAACAAAAGAAACAAAAAAGAAAAAA